AUGCAUCCAUCUUGCAGCUGCAGAAACAACAACAGCAGCAGCAGCAAAAUUACCAGCAGCAGCAGCAGCAGCAGCAGCAGCAGCAAAAGCAUCAAUAGCAGCACCAGACCGACGGUGUUACGAAACACCCACAAACACGCUCAGGAGCUGCUACCGAAGCACCUACAUCUGCAACCAAAGCAGCAACAGCAACAGCAGCAGCAGCAACAGCAACAACAGCAACAACUUACUGAGUUGAGGUGUGUUUCUGGAGAGUGCGGAGCAGACGGCGGCUGCGCGUCUGGGUCUCCUGCAACAGAAGCUGUUGCUGCACCGAGAGGAACCCCCAAAGAACUUGCAAGUCUUGAGGGGGCUGGCAGCAGGGCAUUUGUAUUAGAGGGCGAGGGCUCGCUAGCAAAGGAUGUAGAGGGUGUAGAGACACCCCAAUUAACCCGAGGACUCAGCAGAUCAUCCGGCAGCAAAAUUGAUCCGUCCCCUUCCUUCUCCGAUAUGCCCAACUGCUGCAUAGCUGCUCUCUCUGCUGCUGCUGCUGCGGCUGCUGCUGCUGCUGCUGCUGCUGCUGCGGCUGCUGCGGCUGCUGCUGCUUGA